AUGGGUAACACAGAGAGUAAUGUGACGAGCGGUGUGAAGAAGCAAGCUGGGACGUCAGAGCAAAAGCUUUACAAACUAGUCGAUAUAAAAGGAGGAGGUCUCCUGGUGGACAUGAUGAAGCGAGCUCUGCAGAACAAGCAAUACGCCGAGAUAGAUCACGCUAUCAAGACUAAAGUUGAGCCGUUUUUGUAUAAUAGAGGGAGGGGUCGAUAUAUACCGAUAUCCCAUCUCGUCUUGCUCAGGAACAAAGAGAGACCGAGACACAAACUGCUGCCUCCACUCAGAGGCAUGGAAAACCCUGACGAGGAAUUUGACGUGGAUAAGGACUGGCCAGUUGUUACUCAAGAGGAAUAUGACGCUAAUCCCUCCGGAUACAGGGAACUUUGUUGGGAUGUCAAAGAGAGAGGUGCAGUGGGUGAGACUAUUCUGCACUUGUGUCUGCUCAAUGCGACUUCGCUCCUAGCUCAUCUCGCUAAAAGACUACUACGCUUUUAUCCUAAAAUGAUUAAUGAUAUUUAUAUCAGCGAUGAAUACUAUGGUGAAACUGUAUUACAUAUUACAAUAGUCAACGAAGAUCCGACAAUGGCAAAGUUUCUACUGGACGCGGGUGCGGAUUACCACGAGCGUUGCUACGGGAACUUCAUGUGUCCUGAGGAUCAAAAGGCUUCCAGGACGGACUCUUUCGAUCACGAAUGGGUCAACGUCCAGCCUGACACUAAUUAUAAUGGGUACGUCUACUGGGGCGAGUACCCGUUGAGUUUCGCAGCAUGCUUAGGCCAGGAGGAGUGCUACCGUUUGAUCUUAGCACGAGGAGCGGAUCCUGAUAAGCAGGAUACUAAUGGCAAUACAGUUCUGCACAUGCUAGUCAUAUACGAGAAGAUGAGCACAUUCGAUAUGGCUUACGAAGUGGGCGCGUCCCUAAACAUUCGUAACGUACAAAACCUAACUCCCCUAACCCUUGCCGCCAAGCUAGCUCGCACCGAGAUGUUCUUUCACAUUCUAAACAUCGAAAGGGAGAUUUACUGGCAGAUCGGCGCCACCACAUGCGCCGCCUACCCUUUAGGACAAGUUGAUACAAUAGACACUGAAACAGGACUAAUUAGUAAGGAUUCAGCUCUGAAUUUGGUUGUUUUUGGGGAAAAAGAUGAGCAUUUAGGUCUACUAGAAGGUAUGCUGAUAGACUUAUUGAAAACGAAAUGGAACACGUUCGUUAAGUUUCGUUUCUACAGGCAGUUCAUAUUAUUUUCAUGUUACUUCUUGGUUUCACUGAUCUGCUUCACAUUGAGACCAGGACCACCGGACAGAGCAUUGAAUACAACUGUCUUGAACUCAACUAUUGGUCCAAACGUUACCGACGCCGAGCUGGUAUCGGAUGUCGGUGAGAAUUAUUUGAAAAAUUGCACAAUGACCCCGAACGCAGAUUUUGAUACGAAUGCUGUUGAAGUCCUGAACGGUACUAAGUUCGGCGGUUCUCAUUGUGCACGAUUCAAAAGUCACCCCAAAGAAAAAUGUAAGAUUUUUUAUUGUUCCCCGACUGAAGCACCCAGGGAGAAUGACGUUGAAGGUUGGUGGGAAGACUUGACAGAGGAAUGCAGGUUGAUGAACUUGGACACGUGGCAAGCCAAACUAAGGAUAUCUGCAGAGCUUCUGUUGUGGAUGGGGGCUUUGGCUUAUUUCGGAGCUGCGUUACGUGAAGCAAAGUUCCUCGGGAUCAAAAUGUUUAUAGAGAAUCUGAGCACUGUGCCAUCCAGGGUGAUGUUCUUGUUUUCGUGUCUGCUGAUGUUGAUACUGCCAACUUUGAGGUUAUGGUGCGCUGACGAGGCGGAGGACCAUCUCGCUGUCAUGAUCAUGCUCACUACUGCUCCUUACUUCUUGUUCUUUUGCAGGGGUUUCAAAACAGUGGGUCCAUUCGUGGUCAUGAUAUACCGCAUGGUGAUGGGUGACCUGCUACGUUUCGUUUGUAUAUAUUUGGUAUUCGUUAUGGGAUUCUCACAAGCGUACUACGUUAUAUUCUUAUCAUUCGACAAUCCCAACACGCCUGAAGGCGUUGAUGACUCGGUGUCCAACCCAAUGCCCUCCCCCAUGGAGAGCAUCAUGGCGAUGUUCCUAAUGUCUCUAACGUCGUUCUCAGAUUACUAUACCGCGUUCGAUCGCACCGACCACGAAAUAGAGGCAAAGCUCCUCUUCGUGAUAUAUAUGAUAAUAGUAGCGAUUCUCCUGGUGAACAUGUUGAUUGCCAUGAUGGGGAACACUUACCAGAAGAUAGCGGAGACGAGGAACGAAUGGCAGCGGCAGUGGGCCCGGAUAGUGCUGGUGGUGGAGCGAGGAGUUCCACCGGCGCAGAGAUUAAAGCAGCUGAUGACGUACAGUCAGCCUAUGGCCAAUGGAAAGAGAGCUUUAGUCUUGAGAAUCAAUCAAAAGGACGAAGACAAGGAAGAGAUGAAAGAGAUUUUGGAAAUGAAGAGAACUCACGAGCGCAUUGUAGCUAAGAGGAAGCAACGGGAGGCGCUUAAGCCUGGCGAGAUCCCGCCACCCGCCAGAGAUUAUCCUAUUAGGAAAUGAAUCUUAGUUUGGAGAUAAUAAUUUAUUGCUUACAACAAAAAGUCAGUGGAACGAGGAGUGGCGGAGGAGUGAUUUGGUUACCGAAGACCAUAAACAUAAUGAAUGCUGCUACUUUGAGACAUGCGAUAUGAGGUCAUACUGGACAUAGCAUAAAGGCUGCUACAAAAAUUGGUACCUGCUUGCCGGAUUUGAAUGCAAACAUAGUCUCAUCGCGUGAGAAUCUACACCGGAACUAAUGCACUUUAGAUCACAAUGAGUUCGUAUCUAUAAGCUCCAAAAAUCGCUUAAAAUUGCUAAAACAUGCUUAGCUUUUAUUUUGUAUUCGAAUAAGGAUUCCGUGAACGUGUGUCACAAUAUUUUAGAGCCUUUUUUAUCUACGUAAAAGAAAAAUUCACUCACAGGCUAAUACAUAAUACAUAUGUGUUGUACAUGGUUUAUACAUUAAUAUAUAUACAAAAAAUACUAAUAUAGGUAUACUGUUAGUGUGUAAAUGUCGGGUCAAUAAAAUGGAGUCCGUUACGAAUCCGAUAAAUCGUAAUCGUGUCGUUGAAUAAAAAUGCCUUCGCGCUCACCACGGUCAUUUAUACAAUGGUUGACGGAUUAAGUAAUGACAUAGAAGAGAAAAUGUAAACAAAUGUAAUGUAAAUGCGUCUUCUUAUGGAAUAUUUCCAUAAAAUCUCGAUUCCUUAGAUUCCACUAACUUAGA